CGAUAACACCGCUCGGUGUGGCGAUUUCGUAAAUAGUUUUCUAAUUUAAUAAUGGUGACAGUUGGCCACUUUAGUUAACAAUUCAUAAUUGCAAAGACCAGAGACGCCAGGACACGAUGAAGGAACAGCCGCUAAAGGAGAUCACCCAGCUGAUCCACGCCAUCAAAGUGGGGCUGGUGGAGGGAUCCUACAACAUAACCAAUAAGACGCUGGACAUUUUCAAAUACAUCAUCAUGAGCAAGAGCUGGCAGAACGCCGAUGCUCUCAUGCAGAUCGUACGCGACCAGUGUAAGAUCCUGCAGGCAGCUCUGCCCCAGGAGACGGUUACCUCGAACAUUGCCAGGCGGAUACUCAAGCUGACUCGCGAGGAGUUCGACCUGUUGCACGCCAAGGUGCAACACUUCGCGGACGACUCACAGGCCUCGCUUUCGCUCCACAAGCUAGUCACGCAGACCAGCGAGAGCAACGUCAGCGUAGAUUACUCGGUGCCUCAGCAUGGAUUGCGGGAAGCGCUGCUCGACCACCUCCAGGAGGUGGAAACGGAGCUGGAGACCAGUUCGGAGAACAUCUGCGUCCAGGCCGAGGAGCACAUCCAUUCGUCGGAGAUCAUCUUGACACUGGGUCAUUCGCGAAGCGUCGAGAACUUCCUCAAAAGGGCGAUCAAGAAGCGACAGUUUCUCACCAUCAUCGUAGCGGAAUGUGCGCCAGCCUGCCGGGGUCACAAUUUGGCCGCCAGCUUGGCCAGCGAGAAGAAUGUGGAGAUUGUCGUGAUCCCAGAUGCGGCCAUCUUCGCAAUGAUGUCGCGCGUCAACAAGGUAAUAAUCGGUACGCACAGUGUGCUGGCUAAUGGAGGACUCAGAGCGGCAUGUGGAGCGUACACAGUGGCCCUGGCCGCCAAGCAUUACUCAGUGCCGGUCAUUGUACUGGCGCCCAUGUACAAACUCUCUCCACUGCAUCUGUGCGAGCAGGACGCCUUCAAUAUGGUUGGCUGUGCGGAGGAUGUGAUACCCUACGAUUCGAUUCCAGCGCGCGAAGCCAAGGUAUACAGUCCCAUGUUCGACUACGUGCCUCCGGAACUGGUCACCCUUUUCAUAUCCAACACCGGUGGCCAUGCCCCCUCGUAUGUGUAUCGCCUCCUUACGGAACUGUAUCAUCCCGAAGAUUUGGAGAUUUGAAAUCGUGUUUGUCUCCUUGUUUUAGCAAUUCUACCAAUAAAGUCUACAGUAUAAUCUACAGUAGCAAGCCCAUUUCGAAUCGAUACGAUUCGGAUUGAUUUAAAUGCACCAAUUUCGUAGACAUUUAUAAACUUUAAAAUUCAACAAUGAUUAUAUCGAAUAAGCAAUAACGGUAGAUCGGUUUUCGAUUAAAGAACACACUACUUUA